AAAAAUUGUGAUGUGAAAAAUUAAGUUUUGGGGUUAGUAGUUUACAUAGGGCAAGAAAUUCACGACACCAUUGAAAUUGAAAAGCACAUCUAACUUUCUCUCUUGCUGCUUCUCACUGUUAUCUUCUCGUUUUCUACAAUUUGGAUAUGGUUCAAUUCCGGUGUUGGACGUGUCAACUUAAUGGUAAAAGCAUGACAUUGUAACCUCAAAGGGUAAUUUGAAAUGGCUGAACCUUCCAAGGUCAUUCAUGUUCGAAAUGUUGGACAUGAGAUAUCUGAAAAUGAUUUGCUUCAGCUAUUUCAGACUUUUGGAGUAAUCACAAAGCUUGUAAUGUUGCGUACCAAAAAUCAGGCUCUUCUCCAAAUGGAAGAUAUUCCUUCUGCAAUUAGUGCUUUACAAUUUUAUGCAAAUGCUCAACCAAGCAUAAGGGGGAGAAAUGUUUAUGUCCAGUUUUCCUCUCAUAAAGAACUGACGACAAUGGAUCAAAGUCAAGGACGAGAUGAUGAGCCAAAUCGAAUUCUCUUAGUUACGGUUCAUCAAAUGCAGUAUCCUAUAACAGUGGAUGUGCUACAGCAAGUAUUUUCUCCCCAUGGAUAUGUGGAAAAGAUUGUAACAUUUCAGAAGUCAGCUGGCUUUCAAGCUCUUAUCCAGUAUGAAUCUCGGCAAAGUGCCGUGACGGCCAGAAGUUCACUUCAGGGACGUAAUAUUUAUGAUGGUUGCUGUCAGCUGGACAUUCAGUUCUCAAACCUUGAUGAACUACAAGUGAACUACAAUAAUGAUCGUUCAAGGGACUAUACAAACCCAAAUCUGCCUACAGAGCAGAAAGGACGACCUUCACACUCUGGAUAUGGUGAUACAGGAAUGCAUGGGGUUCAAGGUUCUGGAGCCAGGCCAGGUGGAUUUUCGCAGAUGACCAAUGCUGCAGCAAUCGAAGCUGCUUUCGGGGGAGAUUUGCCUCCUGGAAUAACCGGAACAAAUGACAGGUGUACAGUUCUUGUUGCAAAUCUCAAUCCUGAUAGAAUCGAUGAGGAUAAACUGUUCAACUUGUUCUCUAUUUAUGGUAACAUUGUCAGAAUCAAACUUCUCCGAAAUAAACCAGAUCAUGCACUUGUCCAGAUGGGGGAUGGUUUCCAAGCUGAAUUGGCAGUAUAUUUUCUGAAGGGUGCCAUGUUGUUUGGAAAGAGAUUGGAGGUGAAUUUCUCAAAGCAUCCAAACAUAAUCCAAGGUGCUGAUACGCACGAAUACAUGAACUCAAAUCUGAAUCGGUUCAAUCGAAAUGCUGCUAAAAACUAUCGGUACUGCUGCUCGCCGACAAAGAUAAUUCACUUGUCAACCCUCCCACAAGACAUUAUUGAAGAGGAGAUUGCAAGUCUUCUAGAGGAGCAUGGACUCGUUGUCAACUGCAAGGUCUUUGAGAUGAAUGGGAAAAAGCAGGCUCUUGUUCAGUUCGAGACUGAGGAGGAAGCAACCGAAGCCCUUGUUUGCAAGCAUGCAAGUCCACUUUCUGGCUCUAUAGUCCGCAUCUCGUUUUCGCAGUUGCAGAAUAUAUGAAGAGACGCACUUUGGAAAGGAUAAUUUUUAUGCAGACAAUCCCAUCUUCAUUGUCUUUGUAAUGGUCUCAUUGAUUUGCUAAUUAACUAAUAAAACAUGUUCUUGACUUUUUCUCUAUCAAUCAUUUCUCUUCUCAGAAUUGAGGAAUUGCCUUUUGGUUUUUAUAAUGAUUGUUUAAGUGUAUGUUUGUAAUUCAGGCUUAGUUGGCCUUUCUGUUGUAUUCUAAAUCAAUUUCUUUUUUGUUCAACUAUACAAGAACAAGAAGCUACAUUAUUUAUUUGUUUUUGUUGUAUUUAGUCAGCUCUGAAUUCUCUCCCUAUCUUAAUGAUAUGCCUAAGUUCGAAGGUUUCAA